CGGGCCCAAAAGCCUGACCCUUCUUCACUCUCCCCCGCCAAGCACACUUCCACUGCCGCUCCUAGCCUCCUCCAGACUGCAAGCAAUUUCUGCAAAAAUCGAUAAUGUUGUCCUUCCCAUUCACAGCGCUCAAUUCAGCUUCUUCCCUCCAACUUCCAUUCCAUUCUCUGGUCCUUUCCUCAUCCCAAUCGAAGCUCGCUGCCGUCUCCACUCAUCACUUCCUAUCUCUUCCCGUGCAAAGAAGCCGAAGAAAUGCCGGAAUGGGAGGAGGAGGAAGAACGCCGCCGGCGAUUUUGUGUUGCUCGAUUCCCAGUUCUUCAUCACCCGCCGCCGGUGCUGAUGCUUCUUCUUCUCCGGCGAUGCCCGUGGCACCUCCGGUGGUGAGGAAGAGAAAGCGAUACCGGAAACCCUACCCGGGAGAGGUCAAGGGGAUUACCGAAGAAAUGAGGUUCGUCGCCAUGCGACUCCGCAACAUCAAGGGCAAGUACACUCACAAGAACAAAACCGCCUCCGAUUCCGACUCCGACGAAGGCGAAUCGCAGAGUUCCGAAGAAGGAGAGGGAGCCGGAGAGGGAAACGAAGGGGAAUCGGAGACUUGGAUGCCGAGUAUGGAAGGGUUCGUCAAGUAUCUGGUGGCCAGCAAGCUCGUGUUCAACACUGUGGAGCGGAUUCUUGAUAAAUCCGACGACGUUUCAUAUACACAUUUCAGGAAAACUGGGUUGGAAAGAUCAGAGGCGCUGGAGAAGGACCUUCAAUGGCUGGCUGAGCAUCACGGCAUUGAAAUCCCUAAGCCAAGCAAUCAAGGGGUUGUUUAUGCCCAAUAUCUGGAGCAUAUUGCUGAAGGGAGUGCACCAUUGUUCCUCUCCCAUUUGUACAACAUUUACUUCUCUCACAUUGCCGGCGGCCAAGUCAUAGCUACCCAGGUGUGUGAUAAGCUUUUAGAAGGCGAAGUGCUGGAGUUCCUGCAAUGGGAGGGAGAUGCACAAGAACUGUUAAAGGGUCUAAGGGAGAAGGUCAACAUGCUUGGAGAGCAUUGGUCUAGAGACGAGAAGAACAGAUGCUUGAAAGAGACAUCAAAGUGUUUCAAGUACAUGGGUCAGAUAGUUCGGUUGAUCAUCUUAUGAAGAAGGGAAGCUAAUGAAGGAAUGGUGAAUGGAUUCUCCAUUUGGAAAACAUGUCUCUCCAUUGAUCGACGAGAACGUUGAGCUAGUCGAGUGAGCCCGCCUGAACUCUGCUUUGUAGUUGAGGCUUUGUGCCUUAAUCCUCCUGAACCAGUUCGCCAGUCAUUGCAGCUUGAGCAUCAAGUGGACGCAGAUGAAAAAAUCGCAAAACUGCUACAACCGAUUUAGUCCUGUUCAGCCUUCUCUUCUUGUUUUGAUGUGAAUCUUCCAAGUUUCCCGUCAAAGGGACAAGAGCCUUUAGCUUUAGCUAUGUAAAUGUAAUGUAGUACAGGAGAAAUCCUCAGGACAUCAGAAGAGGGUUUCGGAUAACAGAGCAAGAAGUUGUUGUAAACUUGUAGGCUAGUAAUGCCCAACAGAAAGCUAUUGUUGUUUGGCAUUUCAGAGCUGUUCUUUUCUUAUGGGCAUCGAAGUGAAUAACAAUUUAACAAAACA